AUGAAGCAAGAAGACGAGGAUUGCAUGGAAAAGAAAGAAGAAAUCCUGUAAGCCUUCUGGAACUUCGGCAAGUGCCGGUUAUUGAAGACGGUGAACAAGCCGGUACCUCGUUUGCCGUGCCGUCAGAAGGAGAAGAUAAUUUGGCUGGUGAGUCAUUUCCUGGGGUUUCUCAGCAGGCUAAGCUAGGAGAGGAGCUGGGGGUAUUAUUUCAGGCUUUACAGGGCAAGGUGGGUAGUGCAGCUUUACUCUGGGUUCAGGAGGAUUUUGAGAAAUUAUCACAAUCACCUAUGCCUAGAAAUAAUACAGUUAGUUGA